UUCUCCUCACCUUUCAUGUUUUAUAAACUUACCCCCGCUUCCUCGUUACAGCAGCGGCUGUGUGAAGGUCCAGACAUGGCCCAGAGUGUUUUAUAUUACAGCCUGAGGUGCCGGUUGUUUCACAGUAACGUUAAACUCAUAGGAAAAUGUACCCAGACCCAAACUGUCAGACUUGCACACAGUGUUUUACGGAGAGAAACGGGACUGAAACACACACUGUCACCGCGGACAGUUCACAGCUGCCUGGUGAAUGCGGGUCAGUGGUACACCUGCAGGACAGCUCAGCAGCUUUAUCAACACUCCUCCAGACCAUUGUCCUCAUUACCUCCUCCACCACCUUCAUCAGGGGAUAAUAAUAAGAAAACUGGGCCUGUGACAUGGAAAUCUUUAGCAAUAACAUUUGCUAUUGGAGGCACUCUGCUUGGAGCGAUGAAAUACUUCAAGAAAGAAAAAGAAGAAUUGAUUGAAAAAGAGCGGACCAAAUCCAUAGGUCGACCGGCGCUGGGUGGCCCGUUCUCACUCAUCGAUCACAACAACAAGCCCACCAAGAGUGAGGACUUCCUCGGCCAGUGGAUCCUCAUCUAUUUUGGGUUUACUCACUGCCCCGACAUCUGCCCCGAUGAAUUAGAGAAAAUGAUUGAAGUGGUGGAUGAAAUAGAUAGAAUAAAAUCUCUUCCAAACCUGACACCUCUUCUCAUCACUAUUGAUCCUGAUAGGGACACACCAGAGGCCUUGUCUACAUAUGUGAAAGAGUUUUCCCCAAAGCUGAUUGGCCUGACAGGAACGACACCGCAGAUUGAGCAGGUCUCCAGAGCCUACAGAGUGUAUUACAGCCAGGGACCAAAGGACGAAGACAACGACUACAUUGUCGAUCACACCAUCAUCAUGUAUCUCGUGGGACCUGACGGAGAAUUUAUGGAGUAUUUUGGACAGAACAAAAAAAGUUCGGAGAUCUCCAACUCAAUAGCAGCACAUAUGAGGAAGUACAAGAAGUCAAAGUGAGCAGCAGCUACGGACUGACAGUUUCUGUCCCCAGGUGUUAACUUAAAUCACUAAUGCCAGUUUAUAUUGGCUCCAUGUAUUUAUUUUGAAUAUACUGUCGAACAAACUUAAUGUGACUGCAGUAACAUUCCUUUCACUGAGUGGUGUGCAGAAGAAAACAGGUCUGACACUGUUCUCCAUAAUACCAUUCAUGCAGCUGUUGUAAGGACAUAAUUCAGAAAAGGCUACAAGUGCCUUGACAAGAAAUUAACAAAUCACCUCCAAUGAGCUCAGUACCACUGACUUCUGAUGCAAAUAAUGAGGAAAUGUCUGGUGACUGAUGUAAAAAUGAAGCGUGAACAUUUGAUUUUGUGAUAAAAUCUAAAAACAUCUAUGCCUUUGA